UUUGUUUUGGACUGAUUCGAAACGGUGAAUGUGGUAGAGGAUGAAUCCCGACUUGAAAGCUGAAGUUGAAUUAAUUAUUCCAAUUCUGUCAAACAAAUCACAUAAAGGCCUUGAUGGCAGAAUAGGUGUAAUAGGCGGAAGCAAAAACUACACUGGUGCACCAUACUUUGCGGCUAUAUCUGCCUUGAAAACUGGUUGUGAUCUCGCCCAUGUAUUUUGUACGAAAGAUGCUUCUCCGGUUAUAAAAUCUUAUAGUCCAGAACUUAUCGUACACCCUAUUCUAGACAGCCCUAAUUUCAUUGAAGAAAUUUCAGGGCAUCUACCUUAUUUGCACUCCCUCGUAAUUGGUCCUGGAUUAGGUCGUGAAGAAUCUAUUUUUGAAUCUACGCGGGAGUUGAUAAAAUUAGCAAAGGAAAGCAAAUUGCCGAUAGUAUUUGAUGCUGACGCAUUAUUUCUUUUGAAAAAUACACCAGAUUGUAUUGCGGGUUAUAAAAAUGCUAUUCUCACACCUAACAAAGUCGAAUUUGGUCGGCUGUAUAGUGCAGUAUCAAAUGAGCAAAUAGAACAUGAUUUUACUGAUAAACAUGUUGCACAAGUAGCAAAACUUCUCGGUAAUGUCACUAUAGUUAAAAAAGGUCUUGUGGAUGUAAUAUCAGAUGGUAUUGAUACAAUAGUUUGUGCUGAAGAAGGUAGUCCACGACGUUGUGGUGGACAGGGUGACUUAUUGUCAGGAUCCUUAGGCGUAUUUAACUUUUGGGCUCAGAAUUAUAGUAAGCGACAGUCAAAACCUGGUAAUUUGUCCUGCAAUGCAACCAUUAUAGCAGCACUGGGAGCAUGCAUGUUAACAAGAAGAUGUAACAAAUUAGCAUUUCAGAAGUUCCAAAGAAGCACUCUGACAAGUGAUAUGGUUUCUGAAAUUCAUAAUGCCUUUUCCUCUUUGUUCCCUGCUUUAACAUGAUUGUGAAGUAGGUAUGCUAAAAAAACUGUGCCCAUUUUGUGUUGUAUAUAUUCCAAGAAAUGAAUUAAAUUUUCAAAUUUUGUCCAGUAUUUAAUGUUUAGUAGAGUAUAUAAUCUUCCAAACUAAACCUUUUUAUUAUAUAUACAUAAAAUAAAAUAAAUAAAUAAAUAAAUAAAUAAAAAUAGAAAUAUGUUAAGCAAACUUUUAAUUUUAAUUGGCAAUAGCCCCAUAUAAUUUUCAUUUUAAUUUGGGUAUUUUUCCUUUCUGUCCUAAAAAUAAUAAUAUAUACUACUGUGCCAUUUCAAAUUAAUCCAUAUCAUAUAAUCUUACAUAAUGCUGCUAAUACAGGUACAUUUAAGCAUAUCAGAUUUCAACUGAAAUCAAGCUUCUUUGAGAACUAUAACCUUUUGACUCUUUCCCAACCUUUCUUUUGAAUGUGACACACUCCUGCUUUACUUACUUUGAGCUAAUGUGUCCUUGCUUUCCUCUCUAUUUUAUCCAUUGUGUUUGUCUUAAGAUGUUGAAAAGGUGCAAAAAUGGGAAGAAUGGAUGCUAAUUGCAUCCAUAAUGAUGUGUGAAUCAGAAUAUGCUUCUAAAGAAUUGGUUUGUCCAGAAAUAAAAUGUAUUGAAUAGUCACAAAGGUUACAUCUGAUUGCAAAUACAGAUUCUACAUGCUAGUGCCAUUUCUAACUAUUGGCCAUGAUUAAAAGUACAUGUCUUCUCUUGCAUCCUAAAUUAUUGCAUUUAUAAAGAAUUGGCAGAAUGAGUUAAUCUUUAAUGUGCAUCAAGAAGUUCAUCUACGAAAUUAAAAAGAAGUGUUGUUUGUGACCAAAUUUUCAAAGACAAUCAAAUUUUCAGUGCAGGGCAUAAUGUAUCUAUUUAAAUUAUUGCUUAUAUAAGAGAAAUGUCAAGAAGUGAAAGAAAGGAAAAAAUUGUUUAAUUAAGUUACUUACUAAGUCUUAACAACAAUUAUGCAGUGCUUCAAAACAAGUGAGAACUUGAGCUGCAAGUAAAAUAAAAAUAUUUCAGCAUUGUGUUUAUGGUAAA